AGAGGCCUCUAUUUAUACCCCGAGAUUCCUCGAUUUCGUCAUUCGGCAUGCAAGAUGAGCUCAACUGUCGAGGAUCCCGCCGAAGGUGACACGAAACCGACGAUGACGAAAGACCCUGGCAAAAUCGAAGCUUCCGCCUUCUGGAACCCCGCCGCACGGCACAGAUUAAACCCUACUUUGUGCUACCUGCCCUCUGGCCCGAGUCACAAACCACAAAUCCACAACAAACGCGACUCCGCCAUUCUAUUUUUUUCCGCGCGCACCCCUCCCAUCCCCUCGAGGCCAAUCAUAGUAUGGCCACGCCUGUUCUGGUCUCCGGUGCCUCGGCCGUGAUAGCUCUUACGGCUGCCUUUCUCUGCACCGCCCGCAGCCGCAGCGCCUCCAGCCGCUCCCCCGACGACGUCAUAGCGCUCGAUCUGCGUCGCCGAAACAGCCUCCAUUCCCUGCCUGGCCGGCCUCUCUCCGCUUCUCAUUCGACCACAUCCGCCGCUGAUCCUGCUGUUGCCGAAGCUGACAAUUCCAGUGCCGGCCGUCUCCUUACUUUUUCCUUGCGCCCCCAGUUUCGUAGCCAUAAUAAGCUCAUCCGCGUCCAUGCGGCAGACGGCUCCCUCGUAUACUCCUUCGUGCGGCACGUUCCAUCGGCCUCUGGUAUGCGUUGUGCUGUCCUUUACUCUAUGCUGGAUUGUACCCACCGCCCCGUCUCUACCAUCUACAUCGGCGGACUCAAGAGCCAUAUCCUGUUUCACGGCAAUGCCUCCCCCGCAGACGAUGAUUACGACCCUCUUGCCGUCUUAACCGUCAGGCAUGUGGUCGGCAAGACCUAUAGUUCGCGUAUGUUUAUCAUGCCAAACUGCGUCGCUUAUCAGUGGACCAGUGAUUACUCCCUCCACCGCGUCCACUGUCCUUCUCAGUCCUCGUCUUCGUCCCCACAGCCAGUCGCACCUCCUGUGGACACUCAGGAUCCCAUUGCAAAAGCAGCCCGCGUUGGCACACGCACAUGGCAAUUGAGCUUUGAUAGCAACACUGACCUCGAUCCAGCUGUUAUAUUCUCCACUGCACUCGUCAGCAUCCUCGAUCAAUGGAGUACUAGCCUAGGUGUGGGCGGCCUCUUCUUUAAAUCAGACUCGAACCUCACCGUUAGAUUCAAAGUCUGAUGCAUUCUUCUGUCCUUGUUCUGUCUGUGUCUCCACUGUCUUUUUGUCUGUCUCAGCUAGGUGCUGUGUUCAUUUGAAUUUAUCGAAGAUUGUGGGUUCAUCAC